UUAAAAACCUGAAAAAUCUAUUUAAGCAACCCGCACGCUCUCUUCUUCGAAAUUUUUUUGCUACGAGGGUCGCGCGUGAAUAAAUUAUUAAUCAAACGAGAUUUAAAGUGCUUGUGCAGUGCAAGUGUAAGUAGUUUGUUGACCACUUUUUCGGGAUAAAAAAAUCAAAUUAAACAAAUCAAAGUCACCCACACAGCCAAGCAGAUGCAUACGUGUGCACUUGAUACGCAUACACAAACACACACACACACAGGCUCGUACGCAACAGAGAGUUGUAGUUGUAGUAGUAGAAAGUGCAGCAGGCGCGGUCUAUAAUAUAUACUAAUAUAUAUAUAAUUCGGACAUACGGACGUGUAAAUAAACCGGGUCGCCCACAAUUUAGGGGCGGUACUACGCCCUCCGCCGGAAUUGAAAUCGGAAUCGCGGCAAACGUGUUCAAUUUCCGAAUCUCCCCUCGCUCGCCCUCUCCUCAUCUCUUUCUUCGGUGCGUGCGAGUGUGUGUGUUAGUUAGUGAGCGGCCUGGCCGUGCGUGUGUCUGUUUUUGUUGGUCACUUUAAUUCGCCACAUACACACACUCUCAAACAAAAAGCAGAAAAAAACUCGCGUUAAUCCUGCAACAUUUUUUGUUGUUCUCUCCUUACAUCCUGCAGCUUCCAGAGAUUUUCCCUUUGGUUUAAUAAUAAAACGAAGGUCGUCAUUUUUCAAAGGCAAAGUAGGAAAAGUGUUGGCUUAAAACUAGAAGCUGUGGUCCGGGAAUGAGUCCGCGGCGAAACUGGACCUUGGCAAAAGGAUGCGGCAAUAGAAACUCUUAGGCGGAGUCAAAAGGUCAAACCGAAGGCUAGCAUGAGCGAGAGUGCAAGGGAGACACAUAGACAGACAGCUAGAGAGAGGGUGACGACGACGACGAGACGAGAGGAGCUCCCAUAUGUGCCAACAUUAACUACAACAACAACAAAAUUAAUAACAUUUCACGCUUGAGGGAGCGAUAAAAGUCUGAUAACGAUUGAUAAACAACCAACCACAAAAUACAGCAACAUAAACGUUUUAAACAUAAGACAAAACACAUCAACAUAUCGUCAACUAUAUAAAUAUAAAAACAGGGUACUAACUAACAUGAUCGCCCCGCACUAAACCAAGAUAUUAGUUCCACAUCUUCAAAAUAUAUACAACACCCCCAAAUCGCCAAAAUUCGCAGUUAACCAAGGACUAUAUAGCAAACUAACGAUAGUUAACAGAUAUUCAAACAAUCAUGACUUUCUCCACAUUCACACGCAAAAUGCGCGGGCGCAUGCGCUCGAAUACCUGCCGGAUCGUCCUGCUCACCUCGCUUGUCUGGGUGAUCUUUGACUUUGUCCUGAUUGCCCGCUAUUCGGAUUGCAUUGGCAAGGAUGGAUGGCGCUGCAAGAGAUCCGGGGAGUAUGACGUGGAGCUACCCAAUGCCGAACGCCUGGUGGAUGACAAUCAGUUGGUGGACGAUAAUGAGAUAAAUACAGAGAAAUCCCUGGAUGGUGAAUCUGGAGGAGCUAUAAUCAUGGGUCAAGGUUUUGCGCCGGGUGGGAUUUCCAUGACCUAUCCCAGUGUGGUGCUAAAGAAGUGGUUCCUGGCGCCCUCUGUGCAGGAAGCCAAGGGCAAGCCGGGCGAGAUGGGCAAGCCGGUUAAGAUACCAGCUGACAUGAAGGAUCUCAUGAAGGAGAAAUUCAAGGAGAACCAGUUUAAUCUGUUGGCCAGUGACAUGAUCUCGUUGAAUCGCUCACUGACUGAUGUGCGACAUGAAGGUUGUCGCCGCAAACAUUAUGCCUCCAAGCUACCCACCACUUCCAUUGUGAUAGUUUUCCAUAACGAAGCCUGGACGACCCUGCUGCGAACAGUAUGGAGCGUUAUCAAUCGGUCGCCUCGUGCUCUGCUCAAGGAGAUUAUUCUGGUGGAUGAUGCCAGUGAAAGGGACUUCCUUGGCAAGCAAUUGGAGGAGUAUGUAGCCAAGCUGCCCGUAAAGACGUUUGUACUGCGCACAGAGAAACGUUCGGGAUUGAUCCGGGCCCGUCUCCUUGGAGCCGAGCAUGUAAGUGGUGAGGUUAUUACCUUCCUGGAUGCCCAUUGUGAAUGCACGGAAGGCUGGCUUGAGCCUCUCCUGGCGCGAAUCGUGCAGAAUCGUCGAACGGUUGUGUGUCCCAUUAUUGAUGUGAUUUCCGAUGAGACAUUCGAGUAUAUAACAGCCUCGGAUUCCACGUGGGGUGGUUUCAACUGGAAGCUGAACUUCAGAUGGUAUCGAGUACCAUCACGAGAAAUGGCGCGCAGGAAUAACGACAGAACGGCACCGCUCCGGACUCCGACCAUGGCUGGUGGACUGUUCUCCAUCGAUAAGGAUUACUUUUAUGAGAUUGGUUCCUAUGACGAGGGCAUGGACAUUUGGGGCGGCGAGAAUCUGGAGAUGUCGUUCCGUAUUUGGCAGUGCGGAGGCAUUUUAGAAAUAAUACCCUGCUCCCACGUGGGUCACGUGUUCCGUGACAAAUCGCCGUACACCUUCCCCGGCGGUGUGGCCAAAAUUGUGCUACACAAUGCCGCACGAGUGGCCGAAGUUUGGCUGGACGAGUGGCGUGAUUUCUAUUAUUCGAUGAGCACAGGGGCUCGCAAAGCUUCCGCUGGCGAUGUCAGCGAUCGUAAGGCUCUGCGUGAUCGUCUCAAAUGCAAGAGUUUCCGCUGGUACUUGGAGAAUGUUUACCCCGAGAGCUUAAUGCCAUUGGAUUACUACUAUCUGGGAGAGAUCCGCAAUGCGGAAACGGAAACCUGCCUGGACACGAUGGGCAGAAAGUAUAACGAGAAGGUGGGCAUCAGCUAUUGCCAUGGCUUGGGUGGCAAUCAGGUGUUCGCCUACACCAAGCGGCAGCAGAUCAUGUCCGAUGAUCUGUGCCUGGAUGCAUCCAGCUCCAAUGGCCCCGUUAAUAUGGUGCGUUGCCACAACAUGGGCGGCAAUCAAGAGUGGGUCUACGAUGCGGAGGAGAAGUGGAUCCGCCACACGAAUACAGGUCAGUGCUUACAGCGUGCCACACGGGACGAUGCCAACACGCCGCUGUUGCGUCCCUGCAGCUACGGAAAGGGCCAACAGUGGCUGAUGGAGUCGAAGUUCAAGUGGCAGGCUCACUAGCUAGAUCGCAAAGGCGGUACACCCGACUACAACUAAACUCAACGGAUCCUACUAACUAUAUUACUGAGAACUUCCAAUUUAUGUUUAAUCCAUGCUGGCUCUUGUUUUUGACGUUUACUUAGGCCUAAGUUCGUUCGGAUCUAAGUUCUCUCUCUAUGCAAAUAUGUAUCUCUCUGUCUCUGUGUGCGUGAGUGUGUUUCAGCAGCCGGAAAAGUCUACCGGCGGCAGGAUGUCUUCCCAAAAAUCUUGAUACGCGUGUGUGAGUGCGUGAGAGUCAGUACUAAAAACUUAGAUUUAUCUGUUUACAUGAUAUGCAUGUAUAUGUAUGUGUUUAUAUAGGCAGGCAAUUCUACGAUUUAUCUAGGUAUAUAUAUAUAUAUAUAUUUGUAAUGUAAAUUUACAUUAGCUUCGACCAAGUACCAAUAAAUUGGCAUUUAACUGACGUUUUGUGCUUCACAGAAUAUAA